AUGGUUGAAUGGGGUGGACGUGAAGGCACCAAGCAAGUUGUCAUAGUCUUUGUCUUCCUCGCAUUGGCCUUGAUCGUCUUGUCUCUUCGACUUUUCACACGGGUCAUUGUGACUCGAAACCACGGCUUAGAGGAUUGGGUCAUUGCAGCAGCAUUUUGCUUUUCAGUUGCUCAAGCAUCACUCGUGCUUGUCGAGGUCCAACAUGGCCAAGGCCUACCACAGAGCGAUCUAUCGCAAGAUGAACUCAUCGGAUUGAGGAAGACCCUGUGGAAAGCGAUACCUACCUAUCUGGCCGGCCUUACCUUGACAAAACUUUCGAUUCUGUUACAGUAUAUGCGAAUCUUCAAGGACAGACUCAUUCGUCGAAUUAUCAUCGGCAUGCUAGUGUUUGUAGCAUUUUUUGGAGUCUGGGCUAUACUUGGAUCGUUUUUUCUCUGCACUCCUGUCCACUACUUCUGGGACAGAGUCGGCGAAGCUAAAUGCAUGAACCUUAAAGCAAAAUGGUUCGUCGAUGCUGCAGUAAACAUCAUCACAGACCUCAUCAUCUUGAGUAUGCCGAUGCCAUAUCUCAAAGGUCUCAAUCUACCUAAGCGUCAAAGAGUAGGACUCAUCGUCGUCUUUGCCCUUGGAGGCUUUGUAUGUCUUGUCUCCAUGGCUAGACUAGGUCCUCUAUACGUAAUUUCAAACACUCAAGACGUAAGCAAGCACAACGGACCAGCAGCCUUCCUCUCCAGCAUGGAAGUAAAUGUCGGCAUUAUUUGCGCUUCUCUUCCCAGCCUACGAGCAAUAACACUACGAACUUGCUCUCGAAGAUCCUCGCAUCCCCAACCAGAACGCACCAACCAUGCAGGAUGGUGGCAGUUCGACAAGCGCAACGAUAAUAUCGAGUUGGAGGAAGGCCACCGUCAAAAUGAAAGUGGAUCGGGAAGUGCGAUCACAAAAGUCGUGUCUAUCAAGAUGGAUACACAAGAGAGAAGAGAGUCGGGUAGAAAGUUGUCGAUAUGGUCGACACACAAUGGUGGGAUCUUUGAUGGAGGUGCUGCCAAAGCGUGGAUCAGAUCAGGAGAAUGA